UAUUUGUUUGGCGCGAAAUUUCAUACAAAAAUCAAAAAAGGUGGCCGCUGCUAUUGCAUCAAGCUUCUUCAAACAAAAAACUAUUCUUCAAAACAGAAGAAGUAUUUCAAUAAUUUAUCUAUAAAACCUACUAAAACUUUUGAAAAAUGGCUCGCCGUGACUACGCUCAAGAUAAAGAAUCCAUCAAAACAUUCCUUGGUGAAUUUUGUAAAACUGAAGACGAUGGCAAGAAAAUAUUUGUCUAUGCUAACCAAUUAGUUAAAAUUGCACACAGAGAACAGGUCCUCAUCACCAUUGACUUGGAUCACUUGCAAGAAUUCAACGAUGGAUUGGCUGAAGCUGUUAUCGAAAACAGUCGACGCUAUGCUUCCAUGUUCUCUGAUGUCAUUAUGGAAAUUCUUCCAAACUAUAAAGAAAGGGAAGUCCAUGCCAAAGAUGCCCUCGAUGUGUACAUUGAACAUCGUUUGUUAAUGGAAUCACGGAACCGAAAUCAAAUGGAAAUGCGUGAUGAAAGGAAUCGUUUUCCUUCCGAGUUAAUGAAGAGAUUCGAAGUGGGUUUCAAGCCACUUUCCACCGAAAAAACCUCUUCAAUUCGUGAAAUCAAAGCCGAACAGAUUGGUAAACUUGUCACUGUGCGUGGUAUUGUUACCAGAUGUACUGAAGUCAAGCCCAUGAUGGUCGUGGCUACUUACACCUGCGAUCGUUGCGGUUCUGAAACAUAUCAGCCAGUUAAUUCGUUGACUUUUAUGCCAGUUCAGGAUUGUCCUUCAGAUGAUUGUCGUGUGAACAAAGCCGGUGGUCGAUUAUAUCUCCAGACGAGAGGUUCCAAAUUUAUUAAAUUCCAGGAACUAAAAAUCCAAGAACACAGCGAUCAAGUCCCAGUGGGACAUAUUCCCCGCACUUUAACCAUCAUGUGUCGGGGAGAUGUCACUAGACAAGCUCAGCCUGGUGACCAUGUUUGCAUUUCGGGUACAUUUUUACCUCUAAUGCGCUCCGGAUUCAAACAGCUUGUUUCUGGUCUUUUAUCGGAGACAUUCUUGGAUGCUUAUCGUAUAAUUUGUAUCAAUAAAAACACUGACGUCACAGAGCAGGACGCAGAGCUCUCCGCUGAUGAAUUGGCUGAGCUAGCUCAAGAUGACUUCUAUGAACGAUUGGCCACCAGUUUGGCCCCCGAAAUCUACGGUCAUUUGGAUGUUAAAAAAGCCUUACUCCUUCUUCUUGUUGGAGGAGUUGAUAAGCGACCAGAUGGCAUGAAGAUUCGUGGUAAUAUCAAUAUCUGCCUGAUGGGAGAUCCUGGUGUUGCUAAAUCUCAGCUUCUGGGUUAUAUCAGUCGAUUGGCUAUUCGCAGUCAAUAUACAACUGGUCGUGGUUCUUCUGGAGUCGGUUUAACUGCUGCUGUAAUGAAGGAUCCUCUAACUGGAGAAAUGACGCUAGAAGGUGGCGCUUUGGUGUUGGCCGAUCAAGGUGUAUGCUGCAUUGACGAGUUCGACAAAAUGGCUGACAAUGAUCGUACAGCCAUUCAUGAGGUUAUGGAACAGCAGACUAUAUCAAUUGCCAAGGCAGGAAUCAUGACAACGCUCAAUGCGAGAGUGUCUAUUCUUGCAGCUGCUAAUCCUGCUUUUGGUCGAUAUAAUCCACGUCGUACAGUUGAGCAGAAUAUUCAAUUGCCAGCUGCUCUUUUGUCUCGGUUUGACUUGCUUUGGUUGAUUCAGGAUAAGCCUGACCGGGAGAAUGAUUUGCGUCUGGCAAAACAUAUUACUUUCGUCCACAGUCAUGGAAAGCAGCCACCGAGCAAGGUUAAGUCGCUGGACAUGAAUCUUAUGAGACGUUAUAUCAAUUUGUGCAAACGCAUGAACCCUACCAUUCCUGACGAAUUGACUGAGUACAUUGUUGGAGCCUAUGUUGAACUUAGAAGGGAGGCUAGAAAUCGUAAGGAUAUGACAUUCACCUCUGCCAGAAAUUUGUUGGGAAUUUUACGUCUGUCGACUGCAUUGGCUCGACUUCGUUUGGCCGACACUGUUGAGAAAGAUGAUGUUGCAGAAGCAUUGCGUUUGUUGGAAAUGUCAAAGGAUUCGCUGAAUCAAAUCCAUGAACAUCAAAAGGGACACCUUCCAAAUACAUCGGAUAAAAUCUUCUACAUCGUUCGUGAAUUGGCUGGUUCGAGCAAGACUGUUAGAAUUUCGGAUGUCAUGGAUCGUUGCACAACAAAGGGAUUCAAACCUGAUCAAGUUGAUAAAUGUAUUGAAGAUUAUGAGGAAUUGAAUGUCUGGCAAGUUAAUAUGGGACGAACUAAGCUAACAUUUAUGUAGGAUUCUCUUGAAUUAUCCUAAGUUUUUUCAUGUUUUUAUACAUUUUUUACUGUUAGUUCCAAGUCAUGUUUUCAUUAUAUUUUUUUUAAAUAAAUAAAAAGUUUUAGUACAAAUUAA